AUGGCAAGCCCAGGCAGAAAAAGGACGCUCAGCACUGGAAGCAGGCCAUGGCUUGACGACGCAGCUCGAAAACGGCACAGACUACCUGAAACAUGUGAAUGGAUUCGUCGGGAGCCGGCAUACCAGGCUUGGAAGUCUUGGGAUGAGAGCGCAUCGCCAGUGCUAUGGAUUCAAGGACCAGUGGGAAUAGGCAAAACAUUCCUUGCCGACUUUAUCGCCAGCGACAUUGACGAAACAAGCCCUAAUUCAACGGUACUUACAUCGUUUUGCGCCGCUCAGUCUACUCCAGUAUCGAUUGUUCACGGUCUGGCUUCGCAACUCGUUCAAUCAGACAAAAUCAGCGAGUCUCUCAGCGCAAUACUCUCUAAUCUUGUAGAAAAAUCGUCGCCGGAUCAGGGGGCUGUACCAUACGAUGCAACCUACAGAGUCUGGGAUGGACUGACCUCGACCAUUGAAGAGUCCCCUCGCCUGAGCAUUGCGGUCGAUGGUCUAGACGAGGUGCCGGAUGAGUUCUUGUCCCACCAGAAGUUUAACCUCUCGUCAAAACUGGUUGAGCUCACGACCAUACUGGCGGGCAAUGUUAGGCUUUUGGUGCUUAGUCGACCACGAGCCAGCAUUCUCCGUGUACUGAGGGAUUCGCCAAUCAUUCAGGUAACCGCGACGAAGAUUUCUGAAGACAUCAACCGGUUUUGUUUGUCGGAAGUUGCCAAAUAUCCCCAGCUCGGGCAAGAAUCCGACUUGGUCAGCUCUACUGUGGCUAGCAAGUCCGAAGGCAUUUUCGUGUGGGCAUCACUUGCGAUCAAAGUUCUGGGUGAACAGGCCGGUGGAGGAAAUAUACCACAACUGCUUGAGCGUCUUCCCGGUUCUCUUGAUGGAAUGUAUGAAGAAGCGUUUAGACAGCAGGUCAAAGAUCUCAGCGAGACACAUAUUCUGCUUCGAGACAUCAUCCUCCGCUGGCUAGUACUGUCAGUGAAGCCAAUGACAGCCACGGAAAUCGCAAACGCAAUUUCGACAGAAACAGGCAUGUUCAUUACGGACCUGCAGGCGGUUGCGGCGGAAAUAUGUGGCUCUUUGAUCAAAUUUGAGGACGGCUACGUGAAACUCGUCCAUCACUCACUACGCGAGUUUCUACAGAGACAGCCUACCGAGUCAGAUCAAGACACGCCUGCUUGGUCCAGCGAGAACAAUCUCAGCAUAACGAAAUCGCUCUUGAGCUAUCUCUCAAGCCAGCCAUUUUCGAACCUUGCCGAUGUUACAGAUCCCAAAGAAUUCAGCGAACUUUGGCCACUAGCCGAGUACGCUACUCUUUAUUGGGCUCACCACCUAAGUCUCAGCAGGUCCGAUAAAGGUCUAGAGAGUCAAAUUGAGCUUUUCUUUCAAUCCGACAAUGCAGCGGAGUGGGUUGCGAAACUAUUCCCAGCAUUCCUACCUUCGUCGGUCCAUGCCCUGCCACCACGGCCUCCAAUCAAUGCCCGUUUCUUCCAUCUUGCUAUCUUGAAAUCACAGAUGGUGAACUUCUUUGACGAAAGCAAACGGACGGAGGUCAACAGAAGUCUUGACAGCUGGCUUGAGGCAGUUUAUGAGAAACGGCUGGCCGAAGUUCGGGCCGACCAACGCACGAAUACUCCCGAAUGCCUACAACGAUGGAUUGAACUGGCCGAACUAUACAGUUGGCUACCUGAACACGGCGAUCGGGUUGCAUCUCAGUUAAAGGAAGCUAUUGAGCGCAAUGGAAACUAUGCAGAAGCACAAGAACUACUCGAGAGUCUAAUCCAGGCUAUUUCGGAACACUCUCCGGAACAAAAUGCAGCACUAUCGUUCGCCUACGAUACCUUAGGUUGGGUCUGUUCACGUCAAGAAAAGCUUCAAGAGGCCGAGAAGAGUCUCGAGUUGGCCCUCGAGCUUUCGACUCAACAAUUUGGCUCGAGUUCGCCACAUACAUUGCGGUCACGUCUCACACUUGCAGAAGUAUUGGUUAGGCUUGGCCGCGACGAAGAGGCUAAGCCACUGUACGGCACCCUCGAGAAACAAUUGCUUGAGAAUGAGCGGGAUGAGAAGCAGACGCUGCCGAAGGACGCGAUUGCGCACCUCAACAUCCUUGGGGGCAUUUACAUGCUACAGGGGAAGUUUGGAAAGGCUCGAGACACAUUUCACGUGGUGGUAGAGCAGCGGAAACGAAUCUUCAGAGGGGAAAGCCGCCUGACCUUGUGGGCUGAGAUGCAAUAUGGGUUAGCGGUGAAGGGCACAGGAAAUAUGGAAGAAGCAGAAGCCAUUCUUUCGAACUUACUUCCAAGACAGGUGAGGAUUCUAGGAUCCGAACAUCAGGAUGUCAAGGAUGUUACCAAGGCAUUGGAAGAUAUAAGAGAGAAGUUGUAG